CACCAAGUCACGAACCAAAAUAAGCAUACUGACAACUGCUAACGGAAUCUUAUGAUGAAUGAUGCGAUGAAAGGGCUUCAAUCCGGUAUAAUGAUCACAGCCCUUUGUUCGCUGAUCAUUGUUACUCUAAUGAUGCAAUGGAAAGGAACAGAAUGCCAGGAGACACGUUUCAAAACUUCCUGGUACACAUUUUCGAAAUGGGGAAGAAGUUGGUGGAGGAACAGAAAAGCGUGCGAAUAUCAGGGAGGUUACCUAGUUUCUAUCGAAACUCAAGAAGAGUGGCAGUUUAUCAAUGAUGAAAUUCAAAAACGUUCUUCUUGGAAUACUAGUGCGUGGCACAUUGGUUUAAGAUUUAACAACAAGACCUGGACUUGGUUAAGUGGAGAAAAACUGAAUAUUUCGAAAUGGCGAGAUUCUGAGAAAAAAGGUCGUGCGGAAAUAUCCAAGAAUGAAAGCCUUUUUAACAAAAUUUCUCGGUCCGAAAUCAACGCCUUCAUUUGUGAAAUGCCCGAAGAAUGCUCAAACAUGUCUUUUCAAAACUCUUGGUAUAUAUUCACGAAAAAAGGAGGCAAUUGGACAACGGACAGAGGCAUCUGCCAAAGUCAAGGAGGAGAUUUGGUCUCCAUUGAAACAGAAGAAGAAUGGAAUUUCAUCGGUGACGAAAUUCAAAAUCGCAUUACGAUGUCUAACCGCUCACGUGCUUGUAAACAUCAUUCUCGUUAUGAUAAAUGGUACAUUGGCUUGGAGAAAAAAGGUGAAAAUUGGACUUGGGUGAAUGGAAAACUUGUGAACAUAUCUAAAUGGGCAGGCGAGCCAGAGUGUGGGGGAACUGUGGCUCACAUAUGCAAGCAGACUAUUAAUGGUACCCAGAGCCUAUUUUGUGACAUCCCUAGUUCUGAGAAUUUAGCUUAUAUUUGCGAAAUUCCCAUAGAAAAAUCUUCACCAUCCGAAUCUAUAAGGCCAAAACCCACUCCAUCGCCAGUUCUGUGGUCAUCAUUGAUUCCAUCGCGUUCGCCGUCACGAUCACCGUCAUUGUCUGUGUCGCAGACGCCGUCGCAGUCGAUGCCUCAGUUUUUGUCUCUGUCGAUGUCUCAGUCACCUUUUUCACAGUCACCUCAGUCACAGUCUCAGUUUCCUUCGUUGCGGUCACCUCUUCACUUGCUUUCGUCCGCGCUCUCGCCAUCGCAGUCAUUAUUGCCAUCGACAUCAUCAUCGGCGUUGCAGUCAACAAGGAUUCAAAAGCUGGCGGCGGAAUAUGUUUCUAAACUUAGCAGAAUGAAUAUCACCAACGCCAGUUCCUUACAGGAAGCCAUAGCGGUUUUGGAAAUAUUCAUCACAGGUAUUAAAAAAAUCACAAAAGCUCGUAACCGCGCCCCUAUAACAGAUGAGAUUGAGACAAGAAGAGGAUCCACUUUUAAAGUGGCUAUCGCCUUUGAAGAAUUUGCUCUUAAAUACAGCAAGCUCCACCUGACUGGAACAAGGUCCUCACAAGUGAUCGACAACCAGACAAUGGUGCUGGGUAUUCAUAAAGCCUACCACCAAAAUGCAAGUGACUUCUACUUUGAGGAUGAAGAAUCGCAAGGAAACAUAAAUGUUUCGUCUGCAAAUUUUGCGAAAUCCGUUUCACUGGUUGUUGGGAUUGUGUAUAAGGAUCUCCACGAACUACUGGACACAAAUCAAACCAUCAGAAAUGAAGCAGGCGAAGCCACAAGGUAUUUGAACUCCAGGAUAAUGGCCGUGGCUAUGGAUCCAAAACCAAACAAACUGGAAGCGAAUGUCAUGUUAAAGUUCAGAAACCUGAAGGUUGAUGAAAGAGAAAAGACAUGUGUAUUUUGGAGGGGCUUUAGCAAAAGCUCAGAAGGAUUUUCAGGGAGAGGAUGCCAUGUGGUUGCAUCGCAAAGCAACACAGAAGAAACAGUGUGCAGCUGCAAUCAUUUGACUCAUUUUGCUGUCUUACUUGACUACAACGGCAGCUCAGGGCUCACUGAGGAAGACGAAACUGUUCUGGAGAUUAUCACCUACGUGGGAUUAAGCCUGUCAAUCAUAGGAAUAAUUUUGACAGUUAUUCUAUAUUCCUUCCUUACAGAUGUUCACCAGCCUCUGUCACAAAUACGAUUGAGUCUUUCUGUUGCCCUCGGAGCUGGACAAUUUAUUUUUCUCGUCGGGAUAAACGCCACAAAAAACAAGGCCUCUUGUAUUACAGCUGCAGCUUUCAUGCAAUAUUUCCUGAUGGCUUCGUUCUGUUGGAUGCUGGUGGAGGGAUUUUACCUCUACCUCUUUGUGGUCAAAGUUUACAACAUCACCGAAAAGAUGCACAUGUAUCACGUCAUGUCAUGGGGUUUACCCAUCGUCAUGGUCGGUAUUUCAUUGUGCAUCGCUGCUGGGAAAGAUGGAAUAGAAAGCUUCACUAGUGAUAAAUAUUGCUGGCUAUCCUACACAAACAACCUCAUCUGGAUAUUCGCCGCAUUUAUGGCUUUUGUUGAAGUGCUCAACAUUUUGAUACUCGUCCGAGUCAUAAAAGAGAUGACCACGCUAGUGCAACCUAUGGGGGAAGACAAUCAUAUUAAGCAGAUACGACUUGGCUUUAAAACAUGCGCGGUGAUGAUUCCACUGAUGGGUAUAACGUGGCUAUUCGGUCUUUUGUCGCCAUGGCACAAAGCUUUCGCCUACAUUUUCACCAUCUUUAACUCUACUCAGGGAUUCCUGAUUUUUUUCUUCCAUUGUGUGCGAAACAGCCAGAUUAGAGAGCGAUUGAAAAGGAGGAUGAACGCAAUUUUUCCAUCUUCCGAAGUUGGAAACUCUGCAAGGAAAAACUCACGAGUUAACGCAAGUGAUGCCGGGAAAAUACAGGCAGUCGAAAUGCAGUCUUUCGAUGCAUAAAAGCACUGCGCCUCGGUGAGGCUCGUCAAUCCUCUUUUAGUGAUUGGCAAUCACUUAAUUAGCAUGAUCUUCCCUUAGUAGUUCCUUAGUAGAGCCUGGUUAGUAUCGUAGUAUCAGUAAGGAAGGGGGCAUUGGGAUUUUUAGUUUUACGGUGUUGGUCAUUUUUUUUAGAUCGGUUCUUCGAUUAUGUGCCAAAAAAACUUCGGUUUUACAGUUUUGGUGUUUAUUGUGGUUGGCGUAUUUCCGAAUUUUGGCACUUGGUUUUCGGUUUUCAUCAAAAGUACUAAUAGGUUUUUAGAUUUGGUAUCCGAAGUAGUUUUCGGUUUUUCCCAUUUGGGUUCCAGUUCCUCUUCGAUCUGAGGGCAGUUUUUUGCCUCCAUGGAUCUCACAUAGCUGUGAAACCUCUUUGUGCUCCAUCUGUCAACUGUAUCGGAUCGAUUAGGGUUUUGACACCUAGGAUGUGAAAAAUCGGUUUUGAUGGUUUUGGAGGCGAUUUUCGGCUUUUAGGGAAUUUUUGUCGCGGUUUUAAAUGUUUUUUUUUUCGGUUCUGCGGUUUAAUAGACCACGAUGCCCCCCCUCUCCCCCUCUCAGUAAGGUAGG